GCGGCGGGCGAGGAUCAGGGUCUCGGAGUGCCGGGCCUGAGGGUGCCGUGAGGCCUCCGCCGGGCCUGGGUGUCGCGUCGGCCUCCCUUGGGCGGUGGGGCAGCUGCUGGGGGAACAGGCCCGGAACCCGGGGGCGCCGCGCGCGGCUGCGGGAGGCCUGGCCGUGCCGGCCGGUUGCUUUAAGCGCCUUUGCGGUGCCCAGCGGAAGUCGGCGCAGGCGUGAGAUUUCUUUGCUGUCUGUGGCGCCUGAAAGGAAACACCCCAUGCUGCCCCGUCAUGUGCAGAGGCUGGGCCGAGACUGGAUCGCCCAUGUCAACGGUUCUCAGGUAUUUGCCUUUGGCAGCCCAGUUCCCACCUGUAUGAGAUGGGCUGGACACUGCCCAUGGGCCUCGUUCCCUCUGCCUGUUCCGGUUGAUUUCUCAACAAACUGGAGGCUCCCACCAUUUUUUGGACCUUGGAGGCAAUUUCAGAAUUCUAAUUGGCAGCUCGAUAACUUCGCACAAAAUUCUUGCUUUUACCUGCCUAACCCCACUAUGAAAUCUGAGGGAGAAGAACCACUGACAAAGAAGAGGAGGCUCAGCACCCAGCCGGAUUCUCCAGCCCCAGAAGAACCAAACUUCUCUGAGCAGAAAGAAGCUUUAUGUGUUUCUGUCUCACAAGAUGAAAAAAGUGAGAGUAGUAAGAAAGGAAAUAUCAAAAGACACUGGGAAUAUUUCUGUCAGCACAGCAGGACAAUGAAAAUCUUGGAAAGUGCAGAAACUGACCAAAGUAAUAGAGAAUGUGAAGCCAAAUUUGAUUUCACAGUCAUGUCCUACAACAUCCUCUCACAGAAUUUGUUAGAAGAUAACUCCCACCUGUACAAACACUGCAGACAACGUUUGUUAAUCUGGACAUACAGAUUUCCCAACAUUCUACAAGAAAUCAAACAGCUGGACGCAGAUGUACUUUGUUUACAAGAAGUCCAAGAAGACCACUAUAGGAAAGAGAUCAAGUCAAGUUUGGAAUCCUUGGGGUAUCACUGUGAGUACAAAAUGCGGACAGGAAGAAAACCCGAUGGCUGUGCUAUUUGCUUCAAAACUUCUAAGUUUAGCCUGAUGUCAUCAAAUCCCGUGGAGUUUUUUCGCCGUGAUAUUCCACUCUUGGACAGAGACAACGUUGGACUAGUCUUACUUUUGCAGCCUAAAUUUCCAUGUAAAACUAACACUGCCAUCUGUAUAGCUAACACGCAUCUGCUGUAUAACCCGAGGAGAGGGGAUAUCAAACUGACCCAACUUGCAAUGCUCCUGGCAGAGAUUGCUAGCGUCGCCCCUCAGAAGAAUGGUAUCUUCUGCCCAAUUAUCAUCUGUGGUGACUUCAAUUCUGUUCCUGGUUCUCCGCUGUACAGAUUUAUAAAGGAAGGGAAGUUAAAUUAUGAAGGACUUGCUAUAGGGAAGGUCUCUGGACAAGAACAGUUUCCAAGGGGACAAAGAAUCUUAUCUAUUCCAAUUUGGCCCAAAAAAUUAGGUAUUUCACAAAACUGUGUGUAUGAAAUAAAACAGCAGCAAAAAGAAGAUGAUGCAGGAGAAAAAACAGAGGAAGCAACAUCAGAUAACGCCAAAGAGAUUGUAAUAGCAUCUGAAAAAUUAUCCUCAAAAUUGCAGCACCGUUUUAAGUUGUCUUCAGUCUAUUCUCACUACUUCCCUGAAAAUGGGCUGCCAGAAGUAACAACUUGUCACUCCCGAAGCGCAGUCACUGUGGAUUAUAUUUUCUAUUCUGCAGCAAAUGAUGAUUCUGUUGCCCAACCAGGAACAGAGGAUUCUCUUCACGGAGGUCUGAAGCUCCUCGGAAGGCUGGCACUUGUAACAGAGAAAGAUCUCUGGACUGUUAAUGGUCUUCCCAAUGAAAAUAACUCCUCUGACCACCUGCCCUUGCUCGCAGAGUUCAGGCUCGUUGAACGGUAACACCCAAAGGACCUCCCAUGUAGCUACAGUUACUCCCACCUUCUCUCUUAAUGUGAUUUUUAUUUUUUAAAGUUAGUUUGAGCACUGCCGGUUCGGUUUAAAUGUUUUGCUUGCAUGCUGAUUUGGUAGUGCUGGGUAAAGUAGACUUUUUAAAGAGACUUUUUUUAAGAGUUUGAAUUACUUCAUGAAGUCUUUGAGGCAAAAAAAAAAGAAA